AUGGGCGCGUCAAAGCCAACAUCUUCAUGCGUAAACUCUAUCCAGUUCGCCAAAUUAGAACCGCGCAUCAAGAACAUCUCACAAGCCACAAUUCGCAAGAAAUGGAAACCCUUGCCCGUCUCAUCACAGGAGAGAGUGCGAGAGAUACUCUUGAAUCUGAAAACGAAGAGGUCCGGGGCUGGUGGAUUGGACAGAGUCCCCGCCGUGGGACGAACGCGAAGCGCCGCUACACGGAAAGCGAAUCUGGCUACCACGGUCAAGGAGAGAGAGUACGAGAGGAUCGUGGAGGAAGUCGCUGAUAAACUCCUCUCGCGCCUUCCACGCAUGCCUUUCCCGCCAACAACAUCCACACAAGCAGACGACUCGCCAUUCAACCUCUCCAAUACCCUCCACCGCAUCCGAGAGCUGCAAUCUCAACUCACUACGAACGUGCAAUCUGCACAUCUUCUGCGGCGGCAAAUUCAACGUGAAAAGAAGGCCCUCAAACGCGACCGUGCGGAACUUGCAGGGCUAGAGGCAGCCUUGAAGAGUAAUGAGGCCCUCAAGCGGAAGAGGGGGAGGACCUUACAUCCGCUUGCGAGGGAUCUAGAUGAUGAAGUCGAUGAGGUGGAAAUGGAAGAAUUCGAGAGAUUGAACGCUGUCGCUGGGAUUGCCGCUGGAAGAUCAAGGGGAGUUGUGUCACACGAUCAGAAUGGGGCACUACAUCCUCCUAAUAGCGGCGUCAUGGAUCUGGAUGGCGAUCCUGAUCCAGAGCUAGAGCCUCUGCUGAAGCAAUUGCGAAGCCAUUUGUUGAGUAUGCAGAACAAUACAGCAAGUAUGAGGUCUGUGGUGGCGGCGAUGGAGGAUACGAAGACGGCGCUGGAUCAGUUUGUUGCUAUGAGGCUGGACAAGGGGACUUUGAGACGACUGGAUGGUCUUGAAGGCUGA